AUAUCAAGAUUAUAAAGAAAGUAUGCUGUUUAUAUUAAUAAACGAUAUAAAAUAAAUAGCACACUAUAUUUCUUUUUUGAGUCUCACUUUCUUCCUAACUGUUGUUAUAGCGUUGACUAUUGAUAUUCGAUAAAUACGUAACAAACCUUCAAGAGAACACAAAGAAUGGGGCUAUUUGAUCGUUUAGCGAAUCUUUUAGGUCUUAGGAAAAAAGAAGUAAACGUUUUAGUAGUGGGCCUUAACAAUAGUGGUAAGUCGACGGUCAUAAAUAAUUUCAAACGCGAGGAUGACCGUUGCAUAGACAUAGUGCCCACUGUUGGGUAUAAUGUUGAAAAAUUUUCAUUUAAAAACGUUAAUUUCACGGCAUUUGAUAUGUCAGGACAUGAUCGACAUAGACCGCUAUGGGAACAUUAUUACAAAGAUUGUCAUGGUAUUAUCUUUAUUAUUGAUAGCAGCGACAAACUACGAUUGGUCGUUGUUAAAGAAGAAUUAGAUAUGCUUCUUCAACAUCCAGAUAUAGCCGGUCGUAAAAUACCAAUUCUCUUUCUGGCAAAUAAAAUGGACCUGCCCGAUUCCUUAACUACUGUCAAACUUGUUGCUGGACUUGGCCUUGAUCGCAUACAGAAUAAACCUUGGCAUAUACGAGCAACGAACGCGAUUACUGGAGAAGGUUUACAAUUAGGCAUAGAAUGGCUUACGGAUCAAAUUCGCGACAUAUAUAUUAAUAAAAGAUAAAAAUAAGUUUAUUAUAUCGGAUGCAAGAAUGCUCAUGAAAGUUAGCCAGACGAAAUUAAAAUAAGCGAUUACAUGGUGACCCAUUUAAAUCUAGAUCUUUAAGUAUUUCGUUUCGAAUUUCAGUCACUUCGUGAAUGAAAUUCAAAUUGUGAUGAAUGAAUAUCACGUGCUCACGUGACUCUAGUCUACAAUGAAUCCGUCCAAUAAUAAAUGAUAAAUAUUUCGUACUUGCACCAUAUUUUACACACUGAUAGUAAUAAUUAUUAUUUAAUUACAUUGUCGUUUUGUAAAAUGUGUAUUUCUAUUGAACAAAUUUUAUAUGCAAUAAAUUGAUGUAUCCUUAA